AUGUCGCUCCACGCUCUCUCUAUCCCCUUCCGCCAUGGCUCCUCUCUCAAUCUUCCCCUCCACGGCACUCAGCGUCGCGCAUUUCGCCCGACGGAGUGCAGAAUUCGCCAAGGGAAGAAACCCGUCGCACAACUGUCGCAACUGUCGCAGGCCGCCGUCGCAGUAGAGGUGGAGGAGGAAGUCGACGUGGGGAUUAUGCAGCCUAACGAAAUUCACCAUUCGCAUCCACAUGUCGAGUCGCCAGGCACCUCCUCCAGCGGCACCCCUCCAGGCUCCCCUCGUCGCGGAGCCGGCAAGUCUGCCGGCUCCGGUAAAACUGCCGGCGAUCGUGCAGGAGCGUCGAGCGUGGCUUCCGGAGUGCGGCUCGAGGGAGUCACCAAGACGUUCAAGGGAGUGCAGCUUUUAACGGAUAUUUCGUGGGAGGUGAAGCGCGGCGAGCGCGUGGGUCUCGUCGGCGUGAACGGCGCGGGAAAAACCACGCAGCUGAAGAUUAUAACGGGGGAAAUCGAGCCGGACACAGGCGUUGUUCUUAAAGCGCGGCCGAACAUGAAGAUUGCGUACCUCACGCAAGAGUUCAAUGUCGUCCCUUCGCGAACGGUUCGCGAAGAGUUUCUCUCCGCGUUCGCGGAGCAGAUGGACAUAAAAGACCGGCUUGAGGAGGUCCAAGCCGCGCUAGAGCGCGCCACGGAGGACAUGGAGUUAAUGUCGCGGCUCCUAGACGAACUCGACGACCUCCAAAAAAAAGCCGAGGCGCUCGACUUGUACAGCGUUGACGUGGCGAUUAAUAAGAUGAUGCCGGAGCUAGGGUUUGGUCCGGAGGAUUCGGAGCGGCUCGUAGCUUCUUAUAGCGGGGGGUGGCAAAUGCGAAUGUCGCUGGGUAAGAUUCUGCUGCAGCAGCCGGAUUUAUUACUCCUGGAUGAGCCUACUAAUCAUCUGGACUUAGACGCGAUCGAGUGGCUUGAGAAGUACUUAAAGCAGCAGGAUGUACCCAUGGUGAUCGUGUCGCACGAUCGCGCGUUUUUAGACCAGUUGUGUAAUAAGAUUGUGGAGACGGAGAUGGGGAUUAGCAUGACGUUUCCCGGGAAUUAUAGCGCGUACGUGGCGGCAAAGGCGGAGUGGGUCGAGGCGCAGCGGAUGGCGUGGGAGCGGCAGCAGAAGGAGAUUGCGCGCACGGAGGAUAUGAUUGCGCGGCUGCAGGGAGGAGGGAACGCGGGGCGCGCUUCCUCCGCAGAGAAGGCGCUGGAGCGGCUGCAAGAAGAGGGUGCGGUGGAGAAACCGUUCGAGCGCAAGCAGAUGCGGUUCCGCUUCCCGGAGCUGGAGCGCAGCGGGCGCAUCACAGUGCAGAUCGCGAACCUCUCGCACAGCUACGCGAAGCGCAGCGCCGGCAACGGCGGCGGCGGCGGCGGGGGGGAGCAGCUCAAUGUGCUGUUCGACAAGGCGAAGCUGCAGAUCGAGCGCGGCGAGAAGCUGGCGUUCAUUGGGCCGAACGGGUGUGGCAAGAGCACGUUGCUGCGGUUCAUCAUGGGGUUUGAAGAGCCCGAACAUGGAAUCGUGGCGUUGGGGGAGCACCGUGUCGUUCCCAACUACUUCGCCCAAAACCAGGCGCAGGCGUUGGAUCUAGACAAGACAGUCCUACAGACGGUGGAGGAGGUGGCGGAGGGGUGGAAGAUGAACGACAUCAAGGCGCUGCUGGGGAGGUGCAACUUCAAGGGUGAUACUUUAAGGCGCAAGGUGCAAUUCCUCAGUGGUGGGGAGAAGGCCCGCCUGGCCCUGUGCAAGUUCAUGGUCACUCCGGCAACGCUGCUCGUGCUGGACGAGCCAACCAACCACCUGGAUAUUCCCACCAAGGAGAUGCUCGAGGAAGCACUGCGGGAGUUCACAGGCACGGUGCUGGCAGUCUCCCACGACCGCUACUUUCUGCGCCAGAUCGUGAACCGAGUGGUGGAGGUGAAGGAGAAGAAGCUGCAGGACUACAGCGGUGACUACAACUACUACCUUGAGAAGAACCUGGAAGCGCGGCGCAAGGAGAUGGAGAGGGAGUCUGAGGUGGAGGCGGCUGCUCCUGUCGUGAAGGCCAAGAGCAAGAUGAGCAAGGCGGAGAAGGAGCUACAGAAGAAGCAGAAGGCACAGGCGUUUCAGAACAAGCAGUCGCAGGGGAAAGUGGCCAAGAACGCCAAGCGAUGGUCCGACGCCGAGGGAGACGCGGCUGAUCCCGACGACAGGCCGACAUGUAUCACACCCCCUGCGACAGGGCUUCAGUUUCUCCGCGCUGUGCAUGCAGAUAACGCUCGCGAUGAGGAGGAGCUGGGCGAUGGCGGUACCGAAUGGAUGCGCCGUCCUGGCAAGGAAAGUGGCGGCAUGGAAGAUGCGUACGACGAUUGGUGUCCUUCUCCGCGCCCGAUGAAUGACGCUGCUGAGUCCGACGGUGUUGAGGAGUGGAUCGCCUCGCCGCGAAACGAGGUUGCUGCAGAGCCGGCUGAAACGGUUGCAACGCAGGUCGUCGAUGCGGCCACUCCUGAGUCAUCCGGUUCAGUCGCUGUGAAGAAGCGACGGUACUCGCAGCAGGUUUUGCAGUGGGGAACACCGCCUCCGAAGCCCGUCGCUCCACCUCCCCGUGCUGCCCCACCCCCCAUUCGUCCCCUUACAGACGAGGAGAAGAAGGAGAAGGCGUACCUGAAGGCGCAGAAGAGCUACAAGUCUGAUUGGCUGCCGAAGUUUGACUGGCUGAUUCUGGACAAGACGCCAGAGGGUGACCCGUGCCUGCGCUGCAGUGUCUGCAUGGAGCACGGGAAGGACAACGCGCGUUACGGUCGCAAUGGCGCUGGCGGUCGUGAUCUGCAGAUCGGGUCGAUGCGGUGGCACGAGAACAGCGCGAAGCACGAGGACGUCAUGAACAAGCAGGCAAACCUUCUGCAGAAGAUCGUGGACCAGAAGAAGAUUGAAGACUUCGCGAAUGGAGAUCCGGAAGGCUGUCGCGUCGCGGUACUCAUGCGCGCCAUGCGUUUUGUGUGCCGUACCGACACACCCAUCCACAUGUACCCACAGGUCGUGCAGCUUCUCGCAGAGGAGGGGGUCGCCAACAUUCCGCAACAAAGCUAUGGAGUGUACAUCACGCACGAAGAACUUGCUGUGAAGGAGACGGCCGAAGCCGAGCAGUUCCAAGAUUUCCGGAUGGUAGACAAGGCCAUCCGUGCAGUGGGCGAGAUCGUGGGGAGAUCCACGCCGUGGUACGAGCGGUUCAAAGAGCUCCAGAUCGUGAUCCACAGCACCAACCUCGAGCACCAGGGACUGCUGUUCGACGUGCGCUGGCUCUCCCGUGCCGAUGCGGUCAACCGGCUUGUCAAGAUUUUGGGGUCGGCAAUCGUGCUCUUUCUGGAGUACAAGCACAAGAUCGCCUCGGUUGUGAAGACCCUGAAAUUCCACUUCUGUCUGUAUUUCCUGGCAGACAUUUUGGGGGAGUUGAACUCCCUGAACCGUUUCUUCCAACGACGCAAGGUGGAGGUGACGCAAGUCACAGAGGAGGUCGACCGUGUGGUGUCCCUCAUCGAGCACCGCUACAUCGACUACGAUGGUGGUUUCGGGGCGGGUCUGAGCCCCAUCCUGUCUCCAUUCAUGGCACGUGUCAAGAAAGGGGACAAGAAGGUGAAGGUGGACGGCGUGGACGCUAGCGGCAUACCCGUCAAGCACACCUUCGAGCUCAGCGAGCUGCCGGACAAGAAGCACAAGUUCGGCGGGACGCUUGCAGAUUGCGUGAAGUUGGGCAAGGCCUUCGCCCGCGAGGUCGUGUACAACCUGAAGUACCGCAUGCGAGAUCUUCGUCGAUUGGGCGGCUUGAAGCUUUUCAGGGUGGACAAGUGGCCAGCGAAUCCGGACACGCGUGUGAGACGUUGUGCCACGUGGCUCCGCGAGAACUCUAAACUCUUCAACCACCAGCUGCCAGAUGUCGUGGACAUCUGGCGCAAGCAGAAGAAGAGGCGGCCUACAAAAUCCCCUGCACCCUUCCAACCAGCCAAUGACAAGGGCGGGCCAGAGGCCAGUUCGGACGACGAACGGGAGGAUGACGUGGCUUACGAUGAGUGA